ACGUUAGCUUCUCCAUUUCCAUCUCUCUCUCUCCCUCUCUCCCUCUGCGGAUCGCGGGCGAUUUUUUCCUCCUUUUUCCGGGGACGAUUCUUCUUCUUCUUUCUUCUUCGUCUUCUUCCGUCGGCGGAGUUCGGUGAUCGCCGGUUCUUCUCCGGAUCUCUUUCAGCGCGGCUGGCAACCCGCGCCCGUUCGUCUGUGAGUUUCCCGAUAGUCUCUCCUGACUGCUUCGGAACCGUUGUUCGCGGUUCUUUUUUCCUUGUUUUGGGCGAAGCUGUCGCGCGCGCGUGGGGAUGAUCUUCUUCGUGUGUUGAUUCUGGUGAUUCGUUCGUUCGUUCGUUCUUAUUUUCUGUCUCGCCUGCUUUGGGGUGGAGUUUGUGGAUUUAGGAUCGUUUCGCUGAUUGUUUCUGUCUGUGGCGUCUUGUGGGGACGAGCUCAGCUCGCUCGAUGUGGAUCGGAUUUUGAAUUCCGUUCUCUGCUCUUUUUGUCCUCCCCCCCGCGUUUGCGAUGCUGGUUUGACACGAAAGCUCCGUGUAUGCUGCCCUUUUUAGGCCCCCUCUUGCCACUUGAGCCUCGACGUCCGGUAGCUUCUGCGCUGGGUGGAACAUACCUGGACUUGCUUCUUGGAGGUCGAGACGGUGCAGCGUGCGAGACUUGGCGGAACGGGGAGAUUUUCCGUUGCGGAGUAAGUGUUGAUCGGGUUUCGGUAUUUGAACGGAUGACGGAAUUUGUUGGAGCGCGAUGUAGUCCGAGAUGCCUCGUUUAGAAUGAGGACCGGGGUAGUUUAGUGGGGAAUGGCUGAGGAUGGUGAAUUCGGCGUGUUGCUUCCUCGGUGGAAGAGCAUCGGUAGGAUAGAAUUGGCCGAGUCCCAUCUCCUCCUUCUUUCAUGCUUCAUUGGCGGUUUGGUGGGGAUAUGUACUAUCCUGUACACGGCUUUCCAAUGGAGACGGAACAUCAAUUUGAGCUGGAUGAAAGCCAUAGCCAAAUCGAAAAAGAACCCAAAGUCCAGGCAAAAGGUCCCCAAAGCUCCUCAUGCAUGGACACCAGAACCCGUAUCGCGCGGUCUAAACUGUUCCGUGUGUUUGAAGUCCAUGUCCACUUCCCAGGCUCUCGGCUCUAUGGGUGCUUCAGACAGUUUCAUCCAUCGAUGCAGCGCUUGCGGCACGGCGGCUCAUUUAAGCUGCUCCUCAGCAGCUCACAAGGACUGCAAGUCUGUGUCAAUGAUUGGGUAUGACCAUGUGGUACACCAAUGGACUCUGCGGUGGGCUGAAUUAACGGAUCAUCCAGAGGAAUCAUUUUUAUGUAGUUAUUGCGAAGAGCCAUGCAGCGGCUCGUUUCUUGGUGGAUCUCCCCUGUGGUGUUGUCUUUGGUGUCAAAGACUCGUGCACGUUGACUGCCACAAUAGUGUAUCCAGUGAUGUUUGUGAUUUAGGCCAAUUUAGAAAAUUGAUUGUAUCCCCUCUUAAUGUUAAAGAAUUGAGCCACAGUGCCUCAGGUGGAUUUUUUAGCUCAAUCACUCAUGGGGCCAAUGAGAUUGCAUCUACAAUGCGGGCAAGUAUCGGGAGUCGAAGAAAGAAGUCAAAGCACGGAAGUGGAUCUUCCACUACUACUGGAAAUAGUGUGAGUAGCAGUGACACAACAGCUGAAAGCACUGCUGAUAUGAGCUCAUCGGCAGAUUUUUCUCAGAAAAUUGGAAAAAAUCACAGUGAGGAAGUGGACACUAGUGUUUCUCUUCAAAAUGGUAAAUUAGUUGAAGAAUUGCACGGAGAAACCAGUUCCACGAGUAGACGAAUUGAUCAGAAAGAUGAGGAUCAGAUGAUAGGCAUGAAACAAAGAUACGAAUUAAUUGAUUUGCCUCCGGAUGCAAGACCUCUUUUAGUUUUUACCAAUAAAAAGAGUGGAGCUCAGCGGGGGAACUCUCUUAGACAACGAAUGAACAGUCUUCUCAAUCCUGUUCAGGUCUUCGAGUUGAACUCCACACAAGGACCAGAAGUUGGUCUUCAUCUAUUCAGGAAGGUGCCUCAUUUUAGAGUCCUUGUGUGUGGGGGAGAUGGUACUGUAGGCUGGGUUCUGGAUAAGAUUGACAUGCAGAAUUUUGAUUCUCCUCCUCCAGUAGCUAUUCUUCCAGCAGGGACUGGAAAUGAUCUGGCUAGGGUUUUGUCUUGGGGAGGUGGAUUAGGCUCAGUGGAGAGACAAGGAGGUCUAUUUGCAUUGUUAAACCAGAUAGAGCAUGCUGCAGUUACUCUUCUUGACCGAUGGAAGGUAUCAAUCGUUAAUCAACAGGGAAAACAGCUUCAAAAACCCAAGUUUAUGAACAAUUAUAUUGGAAUUGGUUGUGAUGCAAAGGUUGCUUUGGACAUACAUAAUUUGAGAGAGGAGAACCCAGAGAUGUUCUACAAUCAGUUCAUGAACAAAGUUCUUUAUGCAAGAGAAGGUGCCAAAGGUAUAAUAGACCGGACACUCGCAGAUUUUCCUUGGCAAGUUCGCCUUGUUGUAGAUGGUGUUGAGGUAGAAGUCCCUGAGGAUGCAGAAGGCGUGCUUGUAGCCAACAUCAGAAGCUACAUGGGUGGCGUAGAUCUAUGGCAAAAUGAGGAGGAAGCUAAUGAUAACUUUGACCCACAAUCUAUGCAUGAUAAAAUACUAGAGGUCGUGAGCAUAUCAGGAACAUGGCAUCUUGGGAAGCUUCAGUGAUUCUCUGUGUUGCUGCUUUUUAAAAGGUGGGUCUUUCACGUGCACAAAGACUUGCUCAAGGGCAGUCAAUCAAGAUACAGCUCCUUGCAGCAUUACCUGUUCAGAUUGAUGGGGAGCCUUGGUUUCAGCAACCAUGUACAUUGGCCAUAUCCCAUCAUGGA